GGAAAAGGGAUUGGAUGCCGGAUCUGGAAAAAACUGAGUCACAGGCAAGUCUGUUGAGCCGCAGAAACACAACACAUAGCUUACACAACAGCACAGCAACAUGGGAGAUCAACAGAUGAGAAGCGAGCGUAUUAAUGGGCUGAAUGAGCACUUGUCUGGAAUUAAAGAGUUGAUCUGGAAAUCCCUAGAGGCCAGGAAAUUUGCCUACUGCCCCUACAGCAAGUUCAGAGUCGGGGCGGCACUCCUGACACACGACGGGACGGUUUUCACAGGCUGUAAUGUGGAAAACGCGUGCUUCUGCUUGGGCAUCUGUGCUGAGAAAACUGCCAUCUCUAAGGCCGUCUCACAUGGCUACAGGGAUUUCAAAGCCAUUGCUAUCGCAAGUGAUAUGUGUGAGCAGUUCGUUUCUCCCUGUGGAGGCUGCAGGCAAUUCAUGAGAGAGUUCGGGGCAAACUGGGACGUGUAUUUGUCCAAACCUGACGGUUCCUAUGUGGAGAUGACUGUUGAGGAACUGCUGCCUGCGUCUUUCGGUCCAGAGGAUUUAAAAAUGAAGAAAGUGAAUAUUCGGAACGAGGUUUAGACGAUAAACUCUUUGUAGUUUCAGUUGCACUGUGUAGACAGAAAAAGGUUUAAGUGGAUUAAUGGUGUUUAAUUCAGUGUUGGGGUAACGCAUUACAAGUAACGCGAGUUACGAAAUCAGAUUACUUUUUUAAAGUAACUAGUAAAGUAACGCAUUACUUUUUAGUUUACAAGAAAAUAUCGGAGUUACUUUUUCAAAAAAAGUAAUGCCAGUUACUUUGUUUUCCCAUUUAUUGACCGACAAGUCUCCUGUUCCAAAUAUUGGGAGGAAUCGGAAGUACAGAGGCGUUGUGUGCUCUGUGAACAUGAUGUUGUUCUAGACUAAAUAUGGAUGUGCAUUAAUUCAUCCCACUUGCACAAAAAAAAAGCAAAAAAAAGGAUUUAUUAUUUAUCACAAUGAAUUGACACUCAGAAUAUGAUGCAAACCUACAAUAGGUUAACACAAAUGUAUCUAAUCCAAUUUUAUUAAAUAAUGUCUUUGCUGCUCACCUUUGAUGAUCCAGUUCAACCAUGCUAAUAAGCAAAAUUGAUAAACUAACAAUUGUGCUUCAUAUUGCUGAAGAGUAUUGAACCUUCUUCUGCUUUCUGCUGUACAGGCGUGAAUUCAAAUUUCCUUCAGCCUGAGGUUUAUUCAUUAAACGUUUUGGUAUGAAAGGGCUUUUACAUUUGCCAGAAAUAGAACUUCUUAUAUUAAAAACAAUUAAGCUCAUAUUUAAAAAGGAAUGUUAAAGUAAAGUAACAUAACAUACUUUCCAUACAAAAGAAAUGUAAUUAGUUACUUUUUUAGGGAGCAAUGCAACAUUGUAAUGCAUUACUUUUAAACAUUAACUUUCCCCAACACUGUGUUUAAUAAUGUGUUACUGUAAGGAAUGUUGUAUGAAAGUGUGUAAAUUGUAAAAAAACAUAUAUAUAUAUAUAUAUUUUAAAUAAAUACAGUCAAGUUGCAACAGUACAAA